AAGCUAUGAUUGGGGUGCAGACGAUUGGGAAAUCAGCAAUGGCAGAAAGUGAUUUCAAUCACAACUUGCAAAACAUUCUCUCAUCAAAAAACUUAGGACUACCAAAAUUUACAACUAAUCAGGAAAUCACUAUUAUCACAUCCAUUGGUGGCCCUGGACAAAUUUGCAGUCUUAGUUACCAACUCGAGACACUUCAACCCAUGAGUUACGAUGUAUGUAUCGGAUGAGCAUCGUUUUUAUCGAAGGGCGCGAAGAAAGUUUUCAUUUCAAACCUAUGGCCUGUUGUUUCUGUGGCUCAUCUUGGCCCUGAUCCAGUGGAUGGUCAUCGCUCUAGUAGAAGAUGCAAGGCAAACUUUCCGGAGCUUGUACUUCAUCUGUUUUGUGACCUUUACGCUGGCCGUAGUUAUAUUCAUCAUCUUCAUAUUUGUGGAGAAGGUCCGUUUUAUGAAAGGUCUGAACUUUGUCAUGGCUUUAGUUAUUGUGGAACUUCAGAUCAUAUCCACAUUUGCUUUAGUCGCCAUUAGUUGGUGGGCAGAUGUUCUUACCUUUUUUGCAGUGGCCGUAAUAUUAGUAGCAAUAUUCCUCACAAUAGGAAUAUUUCUACCAGCAAAAAUGGAUCUUACCCUAGAUAUUGCGGUUCUAUUUAUAAUCGCAUUUAUUUUUCUGAUUGUCGCCAGCUUUGUGCUACUAUUCGAAUUGCUUGUCUGGAGAGCAGCUCCGUACGCCUAUUUAGUGGUAGAACUAUCUGUAACUCUAACGAUUCUUGUGUUCAUAAUGUACCAUGCCCAAACAAUCAAUGGAAACCGAUUUGCGGAAAUGCGUCUGAAUGACUUUUACCUUGGAUCUCUGAUAUUGUUCCACGACUUUCUCAUCAUUUUCUGGCUGACAUUCUACUGGCAGGUCUUUUACAGACUCAUUACGCCUGAUUCCUGGAUAGUAACAUCCACCCCGAAUAAGUAUAACCAUACUCUUAAUUAUACCGACGGCCUAUAUAAUAAGCAUACGCAUGCGGAUACGCAAUAUGAUUAUACAACUGAACCACCCUGGACGGAUCCUGAACCAACAUGGGAUACAACGGGUUUUACUAAGAAAAAUAAGGAUAAAGAAUAUGGCUUUAGAAGCCCCACUAAAAGUUACCCUUUCGAUAGACGAAAGCCUGGUAAUAGAGAUUUUGCUAUAGAUUGGUCAUUUUACAACCUAAGACCAAAAAACGGUUUUCGGACCAGAGGAAGCUCCCGAACUAUAGGUCCAGAACCAGACGACGUGUAUCACGUGGAUCGGAAACCCGAUGAGUGGGAUCCUGAAUAUAUUACACAAGGUGCAGAUAGAGACGUACCAUUUGAUGAUCGCUUUGGCGAAAAUUCAAGACAUCGCCCUGGAGAGUCGCAAGAUAGAGAACAUUUACCACCCAAUGAGGAUAUUGGACCGAGGAUGGAGGAAGCUGAUGAGGAUGUUAACUUUGACGACAGUUCAAUAUAUAGCGCUGGAGAGUCUUCUGAUAAGCAACAUCCAACACUUGAAGAUGAUAUUGAACCAAGGAUAGAGGACGAUGAUGCUGAGGGAAAAUCGGCAGCUGGCCACGGAAAUCCAACUUUCGAUUUUCCCUUGGCAGACUACCAACCAUAUGAUAUUCCUUCCAUAGAUACUACAAAGAAAGUUUAUCAGUCUAAAGGCUCUCCAAAUAUAUAUAUAGUUCCCAAGGCACCACCAAUCGGGAAACAUGAAUAUCUGUCAGGUGCUGAGAACCCUUAUUUACUGAGUGAUGAUCCACUAAGCAAUAUCCAAGAACAAGAAAAACUCAAGAUUUUUACUCGUCCUGCAAUAGAAUUAAAUCUAGACUUUCCACUAAAUGAGUUUACAGAAAGUGAAUUUAAGGAUGACAAUUUUAACUUUCAAGGAGACGAAAUGAAGGGACAAGGAUUUUCAUCAAGAAGGCCAUAUUUUAAUUCAGAAAACGCACCUCCUUGGGAAGAACUGAGUAAUGAUCCACUCAGCAAUACUCAAGAACAAGAAAAACUCAACAUUUUUACUCGUCCUGCAAUAGUAUUCAAUCUAGACUCUCCACUAAAUGAGUUUACAGAAAGUGAAUUUAAGGAUGACAAUUUUAACUUUCAAGGCGACGAAAUGAAGGGACAAGGAUUUUCAUCAAGAAAGCCAAAUUUUAAUUCGGAAAACGAACCUCCUUGGGAAGAACUGAGCAAAGAUGAAAUAAUAAAAUUAUCAAGGAAGCAAGUUUUGGAAGAUAAGGAUAUGUAUCAAACAAAUCAGGAUCGUUGGGUAGAACCAAUAGUUACAAGAGAGCCUUAUCCAAUGAACCUUCCAGACUACGAGAAAUUUGUAAUGAAUGGCAGUGCGAGCAUAGUGAUAUAAACUUUUAAAGCCGUAGACAAUAUAUGAAUUAUUUUCCCCUAUAAAUUUAAUCCGAUUUGCCGAUUGUCAUCAGAGUCAUUAGGCAUUUAAUUGCACUCAUUUAGGAGGGCAACACAUCUUAUUCAACCGCAUGUGCGACAGGUGACAAACAAAUUAAUGUCUCCGAGAUUUAUGGU